CGACAGCAAUCUGUUACGAGUCGUAUCGAACGGAGAUAAUGCCGCCAUUACGCUAAUAUUUUAAUUUCGUCAACAAUCUGAUCAGCCAGCGCUGAUGAGCGUCGAGACGCCCUGCGGCCGUAAUAUCCAUUCUUUUCGUGCGAGUCGCAAAUGGCGCAGAUUGUACGUGACAUGGUGAUCAUCGCGGUACCAUUGGUGUAUCGGUAGGAAAAUCCACAGCGUUAUUAUCCGUAUUAAUGAGGACAUUGCGCGAGGCUGUCGAGAGACCAGUUUUCGUAUCUACUUUUCUUCGUUUUGUUUUAUAUUCUCUUGCAACUCUCGCGAGAACGAGCAUUUCCACGAUUCCACCUCCAAGGCGCGUUGUCCUUCAGCAGCCGCAUGGCGUCAUCAUCCACACUAAUAUCUAUCUGACAGUGUCGUAGGAUCAACGAAGAUAGUGGUUCCGGCUGAAUUCGUGUGUCCGGAUCGUAUUUUGUUCCUGCAAAAUAAAAAUUUAAUUUUCUAAUAGAACAAGUGAUUUGACGACGUGUCGAAAACUCGGGAUUGAUUCGAAUGAAGUUUUCCUUUCCGCGAAGUAUCUUCCACGACGACGGUGCCUUAGAUGUCGUCAUAGAUCGAUGGUGGGCUUUGUGUUGGCAAAGUGACCACUGUCAACAGGAACGAUGAUUUGUGUGAGAAAGUAUGGUUUCCACAUAGUGCAUGGGCAUGGUGACAUUGAUACAACAGCAGCAGCAGACAACCGACGAUAAUCAUCAAUAUCAGAAUAAGGAGCAGGACCGCGCGAACAGUGUCGUUGCAUCUGUCGAAAGUCACGCGGUCGACAAAUUUCGCGGCGAGGUUGCAGAGUCGGCGAAGGAAACCACGGUAGUUGUUCCAGGCAAUAGUAGCGCUGGAGAUUCCUCUACGCAGUGCAGUGACGUAGACGACGACGAUGAAGAAGAGGAGACGACGGAUGUUGAACAGGGUUGGAUCACGAAUCUGCCGGUAUCCUCGACCAUCGUCGAGCAACAUCAAGCGAUCGCCACCACGAAUGGCGAUGUCGUCCUCCCAAAUGCCGAUCCGUCGAACUUCGGCGAUGUAUGCGUGAAGAACUCGACGAAUGUGCAUCUGGGUAACAAGACCUUCUACAAAGGUCCGGUUACCAUAAAGCAGUUCGUUUACACGAACCCCACUGCAAUACAGGAGGCAAGCAAAUUCGAGGUCAAUGCUUCCGACAUUAACAUUUUGGACUUGUCGACGAAUAAGGAUGAUGGAGUCGCCGACAGACCUAUUUUUUCACAAAAUACCAAAUUAAAUAAAGUGACGCAAUGGCUAUGGACGUGGAGAUGUGCGUUUUUAUCGUGCGCUCUAGCCUUAAUAUUUCUAACUGCCAUAGUAAUUGCUAUUGUACAUUUCGCUCGUUAUACAGACGCACCGCCAUCGCCAGUUUUCCCGGAAAUUCCAGACUCAUCGCUCGAGGGUAUAACAGUAACUUCAGUACGUUUUGUCGAAAGGAACGAAUGGGGGGCGCAACCGCCUUCAGAACCUCUGACAAAAUUGAAGCUACCAGUCCCAUAUGUGAUUAUUAGUCACACCGCCACAGAGUUUUGCGACACGCAAUCGCAAUGUACAUUCCAUGUGAGAUUUGCUCAGACUUUCCACAUCGAGUCUAGAAGAUGGUCGGAUAUUGCUUAUAACUUCCUCGUCGGAGGCGAUGGUCUUGCAUAUGUUGGCAGAAGUUGGGAUUAUGUCGGUGCUCAUUCUUUCGGUUAUAAUAACAAAAGCAUCGGCAUCUCUUUUAUCGGCACAUUCAAUGCGGUCAAACCACCAAAAGGACAAUUACGUGCUGCGCAAAAAAUUAUAGAAUUCGGUGUCAAAGCUGGUAAAAUUGCACCCGAUUAUAAACUGUUAGGUCAUCGACAAAUUUCGAAAACUUUGAGUCCUGGAGAUGCUCUGUUUAGUGAUAUUCAGACAUGGCCGCAUUGGUCACUUAAUCCUUAGUUAACAUGAUAGCAUGAAAAUUUAUUGUGAAGAAAUGAUGAAGAAGCAAGAUAUCCGAAAAUAUGAAAAUUUUUUUCUUUAAUUGUAUGUGGCUAUUGUCUGUUCAUUUUAGACAGUUUUAAGAAGUUUAUAUAAUAAAUUCUGAAAAAUGCGUCAACUUAUAACAUUGUUAAAAAAUUACUUUAUAUUCAAAAAUAUUGAAUAGAAAGAUUUACCUUUUUUUGAGAAUUCUGUGUGAUGUAAGUAAAUUUAGAUAUUAAGAUUAUUAAGAAUAUAUAUAUGUAAAAAGGAUAGCAAGUAUACUUUUCUUUGAUCAAAAUAAAAUUUUGUA